AUGAAACACUGCAUUUUGAUUUUGGUUAUCGCUUUGAGCGGCCAGGCUCUGGCAGGCUAUUUGGGCGGUUCAGGUGGUAGUGGUUGGAAUGUCGGUGGAGCCUGGCCAGCCGCCAGCUCGGGAGGAUGGUCCAGUGGAGGAUCAGGCGGCUGGCCAAGUGGUGGUGGUGGUACUGCAGCUUGGCCAAGUAGCGGAUCAGGUGUUUGGAAUAAUGGCGGUAGUGGCUGGUCCAAUGGUGGCGGCAGUGCGACCAAAAUAAUUAAAGUUAUUCCUGUUAAUUCUGGAAACAGUGGUUGGUCAGGAGCCGGCGGUAGUGGUGGAGCAUGGCCCUCAAAUGGAGGCAGUCUAGGAGGCUGGCCUUCCAGCGGAGGCUCGGGAGGUUGGCCAUCGGCUGUCAACUCUGGUUGGUCCGCCAGCAGCGGCUCGAAUGCUUGGCCCGUUAGCAGUGCAUCUGUUUGGAAAUCCAGCGGUGGUAACAGCGGAUGGUCUCCUGCCGGUAAUGGUGGUGGCUGGAAAUCUGGUGGUGGCAGCAGUGUCUGGGUGCCUGCUGGCAAUAGCGGCUGGUCUUCAGGUGGUAACUCCGGCUGGAAGUGGUAA